AUGUCUGGAUAUCACAGGUCCAGCAAGUCCCAUUCUCGAAGACCAGACAAUGGCGAUAUAGCUUGGGGCCCCUGGAAAAUCUCCAAGAAGCAUGGUUAUGAGUAUCGCGAUGGUAUAGACGCACAAGGCCAGGAAUGUAAGGAGACCAGGCCUCCCGGGAGUUCUCAAGAAGAUCCUAGAAUUCCUCGCAAUGCAGAUGUGGAUGGCUUUCCACAAGAGCUUAGCAAUUUGGCCAUAAAUGAAGAAGCAUCGUGGGGUUCGCCUUCCCAAUCUUAUAGUCAUGAUUCUCAUCUCAAAGAGAAGGGAAAAGGGAAAGGGAAAGGGAAAGAUCAUGCCAAAACCAAUGUUCAUGCUCACAACGAUGACCCUGAUAGCCAGGACUACAACGAUCCUUACCACCCUCUUCAAACUCCUAUACCAACGGUUAUUAGCGAAAGUAACUUCGAUUCAAUCGAUGGAGGGUCGAUUGGUGGUCACUUUUCGUCCAGUCUGCCGCUUUAUGAUGAAAAUAGUCCCAACCAAGCUAUGUACCACAAUGACUCGUCAACUGAGCACGUACCGGGCAUGUCCCCGAGCAUGGAUGCUAGUGCUAGUUUGAGCACGUCGCUGCCGCAAACUCAUAUUAGCUACGACGACCCAGUAGAUGGAACACAGUAUGGAGAAGAAGAGCAAGACAGCGAUUUCGCUGCGGCCAUUGAGGAGAGCGCCAACAUGUAUUAUGGCCAAGAAAAUCUGGGUGAAUCGUCGAACAGCGCUGCGCCUAUUAUCAAUACUUCUAACUAUUAUCCUAGUGCGCAAGGAAACCUACCCACGAUCCUCGAAGGCCAGCCAAAUGCAGGCCCAUCAUCAGGAGGAAUCCCGAAGGAAAGCUUUCCUAAUUAUAACGCCAGGGAGGAUUAUACAUGGCUCCAAGAUAGUCGUUUUGGCAUACGUCACUCGAAUGAGUUUCAACCAGGUACAGUGUUCAAAGUUGUUUGGGCUGAGCCUAAAGGGUCUGGUAGAGGAAAUGUUCCACUACAAAAUACCCCAGAAUUUCCUUAUUCGGAAGUUCAACAAAAGAGGAGCACUGAUGGCAUGGUAUACACCGGAGUCCGCCGUUUCAUUGUGAUUGCCAGCGAAAGCGGUAGUAGUAUAUGCGUUCCGAUUUUGACAUAUGAAGGCAAAGCCUGCCUAAAAAAGGGCGUAAAAUCCCAUAAUCAUGGCAUUAUCUAUGCAUCUACCAGGCCUCCUCAUCCCCUAAGAGGCGAGCCGCCGCAUGGCUUUGCGCCGGUCAAGUUGGACCUCACUGCAGAGGGCGAGAAACUCGUCAAAGAGUCACGCAUCAAUUACUCCAAGCUGGUCACCAUUGAGCACAACCUCAAUGUCCUGUUUAUUGGUUCAAUAUGCCAUGAGCACUUCCCAUUCGUGUCUGACGCAGUCGACACAUGCUGGGCGCGGAGAAUCCGCGAGCAGAAGGCCCCGAACCGUAAGAAGAAGACUCAUCGUCAUUAA